AGAGCUCAAGCCAAAGAGUACUCGAGCGCGCACAGCUGCCGAAAAAGUAGAAACGGACAACCGAUAACCGAACUGCAUUGUGAAACGCUAGAGUCAAGUUGGAAGCGCUUGCUUUGGCUUUGCUAUUUUCUAUAACGAUUUUUGGAGUCUUUGUUUGCCAGAUGCAUUGUCUAACUGUAGUGUACGGCUAUCGCGGCUGACGGUACGACACGUUCAUCCGCACAAAUUGAAAUUAAUCCAAUCAAACCAACCGAUUGUCGAAGCGUCAUUUCUAGUGUCGUAAUAGCUUAAUAGCUUACAAUAUCGAAAUUCGAAAGAACUUUAUUUUACUUACGAACUGACACAACGCGAAUUCGCUGGAAAAAAUUACGUGCAUAACAAAUAAGUAUAUAUAAAACAUAUAAUAAUAGAAGAUACGUAAGAAAAAUAUAAUAAAAAUAAAAGAAUAAAAGACGAAGAGGUGUUAAAAGGUGGCAAGGAAACGUUAGUGAACGCGCAUGAAGAGUGUAAAAUUCGAUUGAAGUGAAAAGCCGAAGAAGAAAAGUGUGUGUGAAAGCAAGUGGUAAUCGCAAUUGAUUUUCAAGUCUUGAAUUUAAGAAAAACUGACAAUAUUGCGAGCUGAUUUGUUUUAUCAAAGCCUGAACAGCAGCUACAGACCUGGUGCAUGCGCGCUGCCACGACUCACCUUCCAACGAGUGUGAAAUCCCACGUCGAAACGCGCUGACAAGUGAGCACGGGUGAAACAUGCGAUUGCAUCUCUAUACAUACAAAAACAAAAAUAAAAAUCUGAAAAAAUAAUAAAAAUAAUUUCAACGGAAAACUGUGUCUUCAAAGAAAUCUCACUUGGUAGCGCACGCACAAUUAAAAAAAUAGCGAAAAGCGUAGCUCGUCAGUGACAAAGUGUGCGCGUCGUUUAUUUCCGUCGGAAAUUUGUUUUGAAUUGGUAUUUUUUAUACGUGCGACCAGUGAACAGCCGCCAACAUAACGGCGCAACUAUUGAACAGUUUCCUGAAGGGAUCGCCCCACCAGACGACGAUCGACAUCAUGCAAAAGCUCUACUCGGAGGCGCCAAGCAACGGGCCUCCGGUGAGCAUGAGCAGCAGCGUCGGUGCUGGUAGUGGUGGUGGUUCCAGUAGUGCCGGUGCCGGCGCUAACGGUGGCGGUGGUGGCAGUGGAGGCGGCGGUGGUAAUCCUACAAAUCCGCAUCCGAAUCACCCGACCAGCAACGGUGGCACAAUGAGCCCGCUUGCGCGUAGCGCAUACACCGCCAUGAAUUCGAUGGCCAUGCCCGUCGGGGGCAUGUCGUCAGUAUCGCCCCAGACUGCCGCCUUUGGUGCGCUGGAAUCCGCCGCAGCGGUGGCAAGCAUGAGCGGUAGCAUGGGUGCCGCAGCGGCUAUGAAUUCCAUGGCUGGUAAUUGCAUGACACCGAGUUCGAUGAGUUAUGCCUCGAUGGGUUCGCCGUUGGGUAAUAUGGGCAAUUGUAUGGGUGGUGGUAUGUCGACAAUGGCCGCUAUGGGUGGCUACUCGUCGAUGGCGGCAGCAGCUAGUGCACGUGAGUUGGAUACAGGUUCGCCGAACUCGCUUAAUCGCGCACGCAUAGAUAAGCCCACAACAUACCGUCGGAGUUACACACACGCCAAACCGCCAUACUCGUACAUCUCGCUAAUCACAAUGGCGAUACAGAAUAAUCCGACACGAAUGCUUACGCUAUCGGAAAUCUAUCAAUUCAUAAUGGAUUUGUUUCCAUUCUAUCGCCAGAACCAGCAGCGUUGGCAAAAUUCAAUACGUCAUUCGUUGUCCUUCAACGAUUGCUUCGUGAAGAUACCGCGCACACCGGACAAGCCAGGCAAAGGUUCCUUCUGGACAUUGCACCCCGAUUCGGGCAACAUGUUUGAGAAUGGUUGCUAUUUGCGACGCCAAAAACGUUUCAAGGACGAGAAGAAGGAGGCGCUACGCCAACUGCAUAAGAGCCCGUCACAUAGCAGCCUCGAAGCAACAAGUCCCGGCAAGAAGGAUCACGAAGAUUCGCAUCACUUACACCACCAUCACAGCCGAUUGGACAACCACCAGCAGCAUCAUCACAGUAAAGACGUGACAGGCGCCACAGUGGGUGGCGCAGGCAGUGUGCUCAGCAGCGCUGUCAGUCGUGAUCAACUGGCUAUGAUGCAAGCCAAUGCAGAGCUGUGUUUGGGGCAACAAGCGGCGCAACAUGCACCCAGCCAUCACCAUCAGCAACAUCACCAGCUGCAGCAUGAAGAGCUCUCCGCCAUGGUGAAUAGAUGCCAUCCAUCAUUGAUCAGCGAUUAUCACCCCUCCAUGCAUCAUCUGAAGCAGGAACCAUCCGGUUACACACCAUCCAGCCAUCCGUUCUCGAUCAAUCGACUAUUACCCGAGUCCAAGGCGGACAUCAAGAUGUACGAUAUGAGUCAGUAUCCCGGCUAUAAUGCGCUUAGCCCAUUGACGAAUACACAUGCGGCCUUAGGACAGGAUUCGUACUACCAGAGUCUCGGCUAUCAUGCGCCAGCCGGCACGACUAGCUUGUGACAUCACCAGUACCCAUUGGCUUA